AUGGGCUCCGAACUGGGUCUCACGGCGGAUUCCACGCCCAGACCAAGGAUUAACGGCGUUGGCAUAUGGUGGAUUUGCUGGACCGCCACCUGGACCGUGUUGUUGCUCUGGGGUAUGGGCUUCUUAAUCCACCAUCGCCAGAUGUCCAUGCUGAAGAUUCGGGGUAUCUGGCUAUCGCUGUCUUCCAUCCUAUUCCUUCAUCUCUACUGGGCAUCAGUGCAGCUUGGCUAUGUCUUUGGGCCGCUCUAUCCUGGAGACAUGCAGUAUUGGAUCAUGGGCACAUACCUGCCUCUUGGUAUUGGCCUGUUCCACGCUUCAAACACUCGUUUUCUUCACGUGGCACAACGCCAGAAGCAGUUUGUCGACAAGGCCGGUAUUCCCAAUGUUCCCAAUUCGUACAAGCCCAGCAAAGCGGGUGGCAUUCUCGAGCGCUUUCGGGAACUUGACUACUCAGCCAAGGCAGUGAUUCUAGUCAGCUCUGGAAUGUUUUUCCAGCUAUUCAUGGCAGUUUUCAUGUACCUCAUCUCCCGGAAAUGGCAUAGCUCUUGGGGCAUCCCAGGCACCGAGGUGUCUGGGACUGAGAUGGAGCAGAAAGUUCAGAUGGGCCGAGGCUGGGAGUGGACGCCUUCCAUCUUCUGGCAAUUCUUCUGGGCAUGGAUUGUUGCGCCUCUCACGCUGUGGCGCGCUCGAGAUAUUCAUGACACGCAAGGAUGGCGAACUCAGACAAUUUUGUGUGCAAUUUCUGGGCUUCAUGCAGCACCCAUGUGGCUCAUUGCUCUGUAUGUCCCGGGUAUGGAAGUAAUUAAUCAGUACUGGAUCCCUCCUCAGUGGAUUGCGCUCUCUAUUUGGCUGAUGGAAAUAUUUACCGUCUUCUUACCGUGCUGGGAAGUCUUGUGUCAUCAAGCGCUCUGUCAAGAGACACUGAAUACGAUUGCCCAGUGGGAGAACAACAAGACAUUGGGCAAAGCAAUCCGAUCAUUCAAAUCCAAAUCGACAAUCAUAGAGUCCAUCAAAACGGGGUGGAAGUCCACCAACAGCUCCGUCAAGACGUCUUCCGUUGAAUCUAUUCUUACACUAAGCGCCCUCGAGUAUGUGCUAGCGAGGAACCCCGAGCCCUUGCAACAAUUCUCCGCAUUGAGAGAUUUCUCGGGGGAGAAUAUUGCAUUCUUGACGAGCGUUGGAGAAUGGAAAUCCUCAUUUCCCGCUUCGGUCCGUAAUCGCAGUAGCGACGUAUCCGAGGAGAACAGGCGGGAGCUGGUUCGAGAGCGAUUCAACCGCGCUUUGCGCAUCUACACCGAGUACAUCAGCGCCACCGAUGCGGCAUUCCCAAUCAACAUCUCAUCGGCAGAACUCAAGAAGCUCGCAUCAGUCUUUGAAGAGCCUGCGCGUUCCAUGUAUGGCGAAAAGCAAGCAAUCAAUCCCGCGACGCCCUUCAACUGCCCCGAGUGGAACAAGCCCGGCUCUGCACAUUCAUCUUCCGAGGCUCCCAAAUCGGUUUCUGAAAGCGAAAGCUUCGGCGGUGAUGGCGUUCAGUAUUGGGGAGACAUUCCGGACGGCUUCGAUCAGACUAUCUUUGACGACGCCGAGAAGAGCAUCAAGUAUCUGGUACUAACCAACACCUGGCCCAAAUUCGUGCGAGACCGACGAGCGUCCAUGGAGUCCUUUCAGACCAGUGGAAGCACAGAGGAGGGCAAUUCAGUGUGCUUUUCAAUCCCGUGUAAGCAAUAG